AUGAAGCACGGUUCAAUAAUGGUUCUUUUCACGGAAGAACCUCAGAUGUACAAAGAAAUGGCUAUCCCCCGGCGACCUUGGAAUCCUUCUCCCACCAGUAUUCGGUACGAUUCAGUUAACAGUGGCAGCUGGAGCCAGCACAACAGCAAACUUUUCGACAAAAAGUCCAACCGUCGGUCAUUAAGUUCUUCAGAAUCGCCUUCCAGAAGAGGACGUAAACAGAGGCGACGCUCUUCUUCCCGUCAUUCAAUAGAAAUACGAAACAGACGUAAAGCGUCUCCUCCUCCUUCGUCUACUAAACGGCGGAGGCUUCCCGCAGCUUACUCGUCAAAAAAUCACACUCGUGGUCUUAUGCCACCUUCACAGCACGUUUCCAGUUCAGCAUCUUCCUCCAGAACCGUUUCUACAAUCUCAACGUCCUCAUCACUUAACGUAGAACUUGCUGUUGCCUCGUCUAAGGCUUCCAACAAACCAAAGAAGACCACACUUCAGAGAAGACGUCGGGGAUCUUCUUCCAUUUCCUCCCUCUCCUCUUCCUUCUCCACAUCGCGCUCUUCUCCCUCCUGUUCCUCUUCUUUUCGAAUGACCGCCAAUAACAACACUGCCCCUCGAAAGAGCUCACGGAGUCUCCGACGUCCUAGGGGUAAUCAUCAAGACGGAGAUGGUUAUUGCUCCUAUCAUUAUCGGGAUAAAGCUUUGAGAAACACGAAAAAGUUAGAUUCCGGUCGUAAGCUUCCUGUUUCUACAACCGAAAUUCGUCCUCGAUCAAAAGUCAGAAUUUUAUCAGCCUCUGCAAAUUCCAAUAACUACCAUACGAGAAGAAGAUUAAGUGGUCGUGAUGAUAUGGAGGCCAUGCCGUCUAGUAUGACUAUCCGUCGAAAGGGCACGCCGCUGUCACAGAGGCAGAAGGAAUCGUUUAAUCACCAAACACCAUUGUCACCAAACUCAAACUCAAAAAGGUAUCGUCGGAAUGCAAGCCCUACUGCAUCGCCAUCUUCGGUUAAAUCUGCUCACAAAUCAUCCAGGGUAGACACCAAGCAGAAGAAACAAAAAUUCUAUAAGUCAGCUACGAACAGGAAACAGAGAGAAAACAGCGGCAAUCGUAGAAAUUGUAGGCGAAAUUCAUCCCAUUCCUCAUACUCGACAGACUCUGUUGUUAUCAUCAAUAGCUCUGAUACCUCUGAUAAAGGAUCUGCUUCACAAUCGCCUCCCUAUGAAAAUGCUGUGAAACGGUGUCAAAAACGCGGGUCAGCAACAGCAGCAGCCUGCAUGUUUAAACAAAACGGCGUCUCCUCUUUUGUUGCUCUUGCCUUGCUGCCACCACACAACUGGGUCAAAAAGCCAGUUCUCCAAGCCCACAAGGGCUCCGUAAACGGGCCUCUGCCAGUAAUCUCCACAACCACAACUCACUCACCACCUCUUGGUCUCCUGUCUGUUCUUCCACCGGUGUCGGCUCCUCUUCGGAGGGUUUUUACGGCCAACCGUCACUCCUCUGGCAAUUGGGAAUCCGCUUCUUCCUCCUCUCCACCGCCACCAUCAGCGCAACCGCCAUCUAGGCGUCUUUCGACAAUUGUAGCGGUCUGUGUUGAGUGUCAGAUUCCCCGUCUAGCUCUCGCACACAAUUUUCCUGGGAAAUCCUUAUCUUCCUCAUUUCCUCUUGUUUCUCGUGUUACUCCUCCUCAUUUAUCAACCGCGAAAACUUUUGCUGUUUCCAUCAACUCGCAUUCCUUGGAAGUAUUUUCUCCCCAUAUCUCCGAAGAACAGCAUUCAUUUUCUUCAUCUCCGUCUUCCUUUUCUUCUAGUAGUUCACCUGUUUCUUCUCAGAUUGACGAGGUAGAUUUACUUGAAGAGAUUGAUUUUCCACAAGUGAAAGAAGGAGAAGUAAUAAUUGCUGCCGCUGGUCCUGCCUCUGUUCCUUUACCAUUUCCUCCACCUUCCAGAUUUGAAUGUUUAGAGAUGUGUGCGUCUAGGCCCCCUCCUAGACCGCAGACAAGUCUUGUUGGACCUCACCGAGGUUCUGUCGCCUCUCGUGAGUCUUCUUACUCUCCUCCUGCGGAUAGAAAUGGAGGUGGCGGCAGUCGAACACAACAGCACGCCCACAAUAAUGGAACGUCAAUAGCAGAUAUGGAGAACUCUGUCCUCUUUCGUAAACUCGAAGCCGCUGUUGCGAAAGUGGUUACUGAGCAACAAGAUCAUGAAAGAAGCCUACUUCUUCUUGCUGGCGGAAACUCCAAUCCGAAUAACGCCUUAGGAAAUCUUAUCAAUAUGCUUUCCAAUGUCGGUUCAGAGUAUCAACUCCUUCGACUGCAAUUGGUUGGGGAGAAGGAGAAACGAGCUUUAGUUGAAGCUGCUCGAGAACGAAUUGUAACGAGCGAGGUUGGAAUUCAGACUGAACCCUUUCAAUUGCCUCCCGAGGGUGUUUGCCCACUGUGCCAACAAAGGAGUGGAAAGAACUUUUUUUCUUCGGUGGGUCUUCGAGUUGCUGUUCAACAAUUUCUUCCACCUAUGGUGCCGCUUUCUCGCGGUGUUCCACUUCGUAGAAUGCGCUCUGGCCCAACACAGCUUCAACAUCAGAAUUCUACUGGUAGUCCUCAACAACGCUUCCUAUGGCCGGCUAGUGGAGAUAUUGUGGAUAUAGUAGAGAUGCUAGCUGAACCUCCCUAUCCCAUUCACACACCCCUCGUCAUCCAGACAACUCCCAUUGAAGUCAUUUCUGAUGAUCUUUGUGAACGACCCUGCAUUUCCACUGUUGCUGUACAUGGACCUUUUCCGAAUGAUACGAAGGGUAGUGUAUUCGUUUCCUCUUACCCUCCUCCAUCUCCAGUCAAAGUACAACCGGUGGUUUUGGAAACUCCUAAAAUUAAGCCAAUUCCACAGAUAGUAAAGACGAUCGAAGAACAGAUGCCUCAACCGCCCCAACCUUCUCAAGGUGCAGAAAUCGAGUCAGAGGAAGAGAGUGGUGAAGAGGAAGAGGAACAAUCAGAAGAAGACUCAGAGGUGUCAGACGUGGAAAUCUCGAGGAAACUUCGCCGACAGCUUCGGCGCACACAGAAGACACAGGAGAUCAAUGCGACAAUCGUACAGAUGGCCCUCAAUCAGCAAAAGAAAGAGGAGGAGAGGGCUGCUCAGGCAACAGCAGCUACUGUCACUCAAGCGGCAGAGGCACAACAAUCGAAGGCUGCAUUAAGAGGGGAGGAAAGUAAUCAAACGGAGGGUUCUUCACGAGUGGCUGAAGCUAGGCAACGAGCCAAAAAAUUCAUUGAGCAGCGGAAGUUGAGUAUGCAGCAACAGCAGCAACAGAAUCAGCAGGAUGUAGAAUGUUAUGAUGGAUCUAGUCAGCCCUUCGAGGACGAUAUGGGCUCGAGAAUUCCUCCUAUGGAUGACGUGGAUGGUCAUUUGAUCUACAGUCCUCAUGACUACAUCCUUGAUAGAUAUGAGAUCCUCAAGACUUUGGGUGAAGGAACCUUCGGUAAGGUAGUCGAAUGCAUCGAUCACCAUAGUGACUCCCGAAUCGCUCUGAAAAUUAUCAAAAAUGUCGACAAGUAUAGAGAAGCUGCCAUGUUGGAAAUUAACGUCCUCAACUUCCUUCGUGAACGGGACCCCAAUGACGAGUAUCUCUGUGUCAGGUUGUUAGAUUGGUUUGACUACUUUGGACAUAUAUGUCUUGCCUUCGAUAUUCUUGGUCUUUCAGUAUUCGACUUUCUGAAGGAAAAUAACUACGUCGGCUACCCGAUCGAACACGUGCGCCAUAUUAGCUAUCAACUGUGCCAUGCAGUUCGUUUCAUGCAUGAUAACCAGUUGACUCAUACAGACCUCAAACCUGAAAACAUCCUUUUCAACCGAUCCGAUUAUAUUUCUGUUCACAAUAGAAAGAAACGUCGAUAUGAUCGAAUCGUUAAGUGCUCAGACGUCCGACUCAUUGAUUUUGGAUCGGCGACAUUUGAUUAUGACCAUCAUUCAACGAUAGUCUCUACACGUCAUUAUCGUGCACCAGAGGUCAUUUUGGAGCUCGGUUGGUCUCAGCCCUGUGAUGUCUGGUCAAUUGGAUGCAUCAUCUUUGAGCUCUAUACCGGUUACACUCUCUUCCAGACCCACGAUAACCGCGAGCACCUGGCCAUGAUGGAGCGAACUCUCGGCCACAUUCCCUACCGAAUGACACGCAAAUCUCGAACGGGUUUCUUCUAUCACGGCCGAUUGGAUUGGGACUUUUACAGUCCGGAGGGUCGCUAUGUACGCGAAAAUUGCCGGCCCCUCCUUCAUGUUGUUUGUCUUUUCUUUGUUGCAUGCUGCUCACCCAGACGAGCGAAUUACUUCGAUCCUCGCAUGGGCACUGUCCAAAACCUCACCGCUCACACACUUAAAAAGCUUGCCCACUCUAAACCCCUUCAGCGGUAUUGCAAGGAAGAGAGUCAGGAUACCCUGGACAUGUUUGAUCUUAUUUCAAAGAUGUUAGAGUACGAUCCAGCGGAUCGUAUUUGUUUGGCAGCUGCGAUGACCCACCCCUUCUUUUUGCGUAUUCCUUCGAAUCAACGUCUGAACUACCGGUAUCAUCCGCCUCAUUUGCCCCAGCCGCAUCAAAAACAAUCCAGUGAGGGCAGUGGUGAACCAAAUGGCAACGAUGAUAGCUCUUCACACCGGAAAUCUUCCACGUCUGCUGGCGUUCUUCGAUGA